AUGCAAUUCCAAGAAGACUCACCGUCGCCAAGCAACAACAGCCUGCUGCCGAGCGAUUACCUAAACGCUCCCAUCUUCGCCUCGCGCUACCAGGACGAUUCGGCUGACGACGAUGACAAUGACGAUAACGACGACAAUGACGUCAAUCAUGACGUCAACGGCAGAGAAAUCGCUCGCGAGCGCCGAAGUUCGGCCGAUCUGGCUCGCGCGAUUAACGGCGUGCGGCAGCAUUGGAGCCCGACUGAAACCAUGCAGCUGGUUACCGCUUUCGUCGAGCUCGACCGCGAAAACGACGGCAUGCGCAUCGUCCAUGGCUCCAACUACUACCGCGAAUUAAUCGCCUUGUUGCUUCGGAAGUUCCCCGAGUUCCGGCACUCGCAGCCGGCCGUCAAGGCGAAGCUCAUUCGCAUGAAGAAUAAAUACUACCGGCUGCAGAACCGGCUGGACCGGUCAGCCGUCUGUUCGAAGGAUCAGCUGCCGGAGUGGUAUGUGCUGAUGGAUUCGGUGAUGGAGCGCGAUGAGUUUCGGUUGCGUUCGGCGAGGGCGGAGAUUCGACCAAAUAGAGGACGUCGGGGUCGACCGCCGAAAUCGGGAGGCCGUCCUGCAGCAGCACAAGCAGUACCGAAGCGAGAGAGGGAACAAGGCGAUUCAAGUGACGACGACUUGAACCCACUCGACGGUUCUCUCGACGACACUGAAGCGUAUUCGUUCCCGGCUCUCCCAACCCUGCCUACUGCAGCAAACACGAGAGCACUGCAGUAUGCUUCCCCAGCUCUCCCAACCCUGCGCACUGUAUCAGUUACGGAACCACUGCCGUAUGUCUCUCCACCUCCCCGAUUCGCCCGAGAGGGUUCUGCACUGUACACCCCGACUGCAGCUGCUGCGUUGCCACUUAAAGCCGGAGCAGCAUCAGCACCUGGGGCGGCACCUGGGGCGUCAGCAACUGUUGGGCAAGCUGUUGCUGCAGCGACUGCUGCUGGGGCAUUGGCGUUGGCAGUGCUCAACGCAAGCAAUCCUCUGCGUGGUGUUGCUCCGAUAGGAGCGUCAAGGCUGACGCCCCCCCCUGCUGCUGAAGACGAUAGGCUGACGUCACCUGCUUCGGCCCGAGGUGAUAAGCUGACGUCACCAGCUUCUGCUGAGGAUGAUAGACUGGCAUCCCCUCCUUCUGCUCGAGAUGACAUGCGAAUGUCUCCCCCCAUUACCCGAGGGGGGAGGCGGAUGUCGGCAGGUAUGGGACCCACUGGGUGGAGGAGGGGCAGGUGGGGAUCAGGGUGGCGAGAGCGAGAGGGGUUUGCAGUCGAUCCCGGGAUGCGUUCGCACUUGAGUGCGCGUCGCACGGCCGGCAGGGCAGGCCUGAUGGAUCCCGAAGGCCUGGGUGCUGUGAUGGACGAGGCGGUUGAGAGUGCAUUUGCGGGUUUCGAGGGGCUUACUCAGGAAUGGGUGGAAAGAGCGUGUGGUGAGUUCGAGGGCAUGGUGGCUGACAUGGCCGAGAGGGCUUGUGCGCAGUUCAGGAGCGCUGCUAGAGAGUUUGCUGGGUCUUGGAAAGCCGGGCAGGAUUACAAGAGGCGGAGGAGAUACUGA